AUGUCUUCUACAUUCCGUACCAACGUCUUUCUACCUACUUCCAUUCUCAAAUUUGUUGUGAAGGAUGAUGAUGACAGUCAAAAGAUCGAUUGCAAGCGCUUUCUAAGUCAAGCUUAUACCUCUCAGGUCUUGGAGAUAAUUUGUCUUUUGUAUCCUUAUGUCAAAUUCAGUGACGAGGCGCGAGAUGAUCAUGUACUUCUGAAAAAGAUAUUUCUGGAGAUCGUAGCACCCCAACUUUCUACUUUAAUCAUUCCAACCGCCCUUAAGCCUGAUCAAGACUACUUCCAAGCAUCAAUCAACAUACCAGCCUUUGGGACCUACGAGUUUGAGAUGCUCAUAACACCGGGGAUUGAAAUCAACGCUCAUCGCAUCUCCGAAUUCAACUACCUUAUUCUAUGCUACCUUCGAAAUGGUCAACAUCGUAUCGCAGCGCACAACCUUACGGGAUUUGUCAAGACGUACAAAUAUCUCAACAAGAUCGAACUUUCUACUCUGGAUUCCGCUUAUCAAGACACUUUAGAGGGCCUCCACGAAGCUGUUGGAUUUGUUCAAAGCUCACACCACGAUAUCGAAGGAAUUGGCUUUCUGUUAUCGGAAUCUGAAUUAUCACCAAGCCACCGCCAAGGACUCCAGCUUUGUCUUGAAAGAGGAAAAGAAAAAUUGAAAUCUUGCCAGGAAAUCUUCGAGCGCAUUGUGGCGGACGUUGGGUUUGUUCAAGCAUUAGUAGAUUAUUAUCAAAAACUUCCCUUGACCUCUCGAAUUGACGAUAUGGAAACUCUGUCUGCUUCAUCAAAGCCAAUCUUCAAGUUCAAUGGGAUGCGUGAAGGACUCAUGAAAAGUGUAGACAAGAUGAUGUCCCGUGGAUUCAACAAAAAGCAGCUUGUCAAACUUCAACAGAAUGUGAAAAAGCAAUCUGACAACAAACCGAAUACUCCAACAAGACCAGGAAACCUUAGUCGGCCACGCAUAUGCUUGUUGGAAGAAAUGUCAAAGAAAGAUUGUGACACUAUCCGUCAAGCUUUACACUGUCAUUGUCCUCAACUGUGGAUACCGAUAAAAGUAGCAACAAGUCAACCAAUGCUAUUGUCUCUCUACAAGGCUUUCAUUUUGUAUGAGGAGGAGCCCAAUCUUCGCCGAGGAGUACAUUACGAUAUCUUUCCCAUUAAUGCGCUCAACUUAGAUGGCUACAUUGAUGUUUAA